AUGCCGUCAAAAUUAUUUAUCGGUACGGUUUUGAUUUUGUGUUUAAUUCAUGCAAUACAUUGUCAUGAUGAUGAUGAGUUAACACACGAAAAACGACGAGAAUUAAUCGAACAAAUCAAGAAAUCGAAGUCUCCUCCAUCUUGGCUGGACCCUCGUCGGUUCUUGGAGCGAGCAGUGUGUCAAUCUGAUGUAUGUGAUAAUAGCAGUGUAAAAGCAAAAGCUUCAACAGUUGGUCUCACGAUUAUAUUAUGUGGUACUGGUCAACCGUUGGACAGUAGACGUGGUCGAGCAUGCACUGCAAUUCGUGCUGGUGAUGAAUAUAUGGUAUUUGACGUUGGAAUGGGCUCUGAAAUUUGCUUAAGUACAUUUAACAGAACCGAUUUGUCUAUUAAAGUGAGAAAAAUUUUUCUGACACAUUAUCAUAGUGAUCAUACAGGUGGAUUACCAAAUUUUUUGACAUUUGGCUGGCUCAAUAGAGGAUACAAAAUUGAUCUAUAUGGACCAGAUGGUGUCAUAAUGCAAAAUUUGACUGAAGGUAUGAGAAAAUUUUAUGUUGUUGAUGCACUACAGCGUGAAACAAAUUCCAAUUACACUACGAGGACGUGUGCACCAAUAUUCCAUUUGCCAAAUGAGCCAAAUUUGAGUCCAGUUCAAUUUGAUACACUUCAAUUUAAUUCUGUUCCAUAUAACACACCACCUUUCGAUAAUAAAACACGUGUACUGGUUUAUAAAAACACAACAUCUGGUCUUACAGUUGAGUCAUUUCGUGUCUAUCAUCAUAUUGCCAAUCCGGCUGUUGGUUAUCGAGUUACAUAUAAAGGAAAAGUUAUUGUUAUUAGUGGUGAUACCGUUGGAUAUCCAGUAUCAAAAGCUGUUUUUAAUGCUGCCCAGAACGCUGAUGUACUUGUCCAUGAAGUAAUAAACAAAACAUAUGUAACCAAACAACUCGCUAAUACUCCGGCUGAGGAGUUUUUUCGUAGUUGUCAAUUGUUACAAUCUCAUUCAACGAUUGAUCAAGUGGCAAACGUAGCAAAAGCGGCAAACGUUAAGCAAUUAAUUCUUACACAUAUUGUACCAUCACCAAUAACAACAGAGGAAGAAACAAUGUUAAAACAGAAGAUACAAAAAAAGUAUAAAGGCAAAGUUCUAGUUGGGAAUGAUUAUGAUUACCUUCAGCUAUGA